ACUGGUAAAAGCUGAAACAUAGGCAGACUGCUCAGACCACUUUUUGCAGCUUGGACAUGUAAAGAAGGUUUAGCCUGUGUGGCCAUUAACUGCAGUUUUAAAUUAGAUUUCAGAUUAACAGGAAAGUGAAGAAUCAAGUUGGAUCUAUUGUUAUCAUGGCUAAGUGUUUUCAGGUGCUCUUUAUGAUUAUAAUUGCUGCGAUACCUGCACAUGCUCAGUCCUUCCACCUGGGCCGGUGUCUCACCCCUGAACUUCAAAAAGACUUUGACAUCAACAAGUACCUUGGGCAGUGGUAUGAGAUUGAGAAGCUUCCUGCUGUGUUUGAGAAAGGGACAUGCAACCAGGCCAAAUACUCCUUACUGGAUGAUGGGACUGUCCAAGUGCGCAAUGCAGAGCUGUUGGCAAAUGGGAAGAUUAACUCAAUAGAGGGUGUGGCCAAGGUCAAAGACUCAAUCCAAUCUGCCAUACUCAAAGUUAAGUUCUUUAAAGGUGUUCCGGAUGCACCAUACUGGGUCCUCUCUACAGACUAUGUGAGCCAUGCGCUAGUCUACUCCUGCAUUGGGUACCUGCGUCUGUUUCAUAUAGACUUUGCCUGGGUAUUGGCUCGCAACAGGACACUGCCUGAUGAUGUCAUCAGCCAGCUCCAUGAUGCUUUGGCAGUGGCUGGGGUCAAUAUCAACCGCCUUACUUUUUCUAACCAGACAGGCUGCCCGGAUAUGUCUUGAGAAUACACACACACACACAUUCAUGUCAUUAAAGUGACCAAUUAAAAAAUCGAAUUCAAUUUU